AUGUCCCUGGCCGAGACCAUCAGCCUCUGGAAUGAAGGGGUGCUAGCAGCCGACAAGAAGGACUGGAAGGGAGCCCUGGACGUCUUCACCGCUGUCCAGGACCCACACUCCAGGAUUUGCUUCAACAUCGGCUGCUUGCACACGAUCCUGGGAAGCAUGCCCGAGGCGGAGAAGGCCUUCACCGAAAGCAUUAACCGAGACAAGCACUUGGCAGUGGCCUACUUCCAACGAGGGAUGCUCUACUACCAGAUGGAGAAAUAUGAUUCCGCCCUUAAAGACCUUAAGGAGGCCUUGACUCAGCUUCGAGGGAACCAGCUGAUCGACUACAAGAUCCUGGGGCUACCGUUCAAGCUGUUUGCCUGUGAGGUGUUAUAUAAUAUUGCUUUCAUGUAUGCCAAGAAGGAGGAAUGGAAAAAGGCUGAGGAACAUUUAGCAUUGGCUGUGAGCAUGAAGUCUGAGCCGAGACAUUCCAAAAUCGACAGAGCCAUGGAAAGUGUUUGGAAACAGAAGCUGUAUGAGCCAGUGGUGAUCCCUGUGGGCAGGCUGUUUCAGCCAAAUGAAAAGCAAGUGGCUCAACUGGUCAAGAAGGAUUACCUAGGCAAGGCCACGGUCGUGGCAUCUGUGGUGGAUCAAGACAGUUUCUCGGGGUUUGCCCCUCUGCAGCCAGAGGCAGCCGAGCCUCCACCCAGGCCCAAGACCCCAGAGAUCUUCAGGGCUCUGGAAGGGGAAGCCCACCGUGUGCUGUUUGGGUUUGUGCCUGAGACACCAGAGGAGCUCCAGGUCAUGCCAGGGAACAUCGUCUUUGUCUUGAAGAAGUGCAGUGAUAACUGGGCUACGGUCAUGUUCAACGGGCAGAAGGGGCUUGUUCCCUGCAACUACCUGGAACCAGCUGAACUGCGGAUCCAUUCUCAGCAGAAGCCCCAGGAGGAAACCUCGCAGGAGUCUGAUAUCCCAGGUCCUCCCAGUUCCAGGGCUCCUGGGAGACCCCAGUUGUCACCAGGUCAGAAAGAAAAAAAAGAGCCCAAGGAAGUCAAGCUCAGCAUCCCCAUGUCCUACACACUCAAGGUGCACUACAAGUACACGGUGGUCAUGGAAACUCAGUCCGGCCUCCCCUACAGCCAGGUCCGGGACAUGGUGGCUAAGAAGCUGGAGCUCCUACCGGAACAUACUAAGCUGAGCUAUCGGCCUCGGGACAGCAGUGAGCUGGUGCUCCUUUCAGAAGACAGCAUGAAUGAUGCCUGGGCCCAAGUGAAAAACUACUGCCUGACUGUGUGGUGUGAGAACACAGUGGGUGACCAGGGCUUUCCAGAUGAAACUGAAGAAACCAAAAAAUCGGAUGCUAAUAACCAGACAACAGAAGCUCAGCUUAAGGAAGGGAGCCAAGUGGUAGCACUCUUCAGCUAUGAGGCUACCCAGCCAGAAGACCUGGAGUUUCUGGAAGGGGAUGUAAUCCUGGUGAUAUCAAUGGUGAAUGAAGAAUGGCUGGAGGGGGAGUGCAAAGGGAAAGUUGGCAUUUUCCCCAAAGUUUUUGUUGAAGAACGUGCAACUACAGACUUGGAAAGCACUCCUAGAGGAGUCUAG